AAACUCGAGGCCAAGCCGCGGUCAAAAUAAAAUAAAGACAUGUAAGAGAUGGAAGGCUACCUUGAUCUCUGCUACUCCCCUAUACUGGGCCCCUCACUCCACUCAUCACUGCCCACCAACUCUACAUUCACUCCAUGGACCAAUGGUGACUUUGAUAUAUGCUUUGAGAGCCUCCUAACAACUGGCUGUGCUGUAUUGCUGGCUCUAACCAGUGCUCUCUAUGCUGGAUGUUCUCACACUAACCUGAGGAGAAGGAAGAAGCCACUCGUACUGUCACUGAGGGCACUACUGUGUGUUUGUAUUAUAGCGACAUUCCUAGUCGAGUUGGUUGCCUCAUUCUGGUUGGCAAGGGAGCGACCUUACUCUGUGUUAUUGAUGGAGGCAGCUGUGUUAGUGUGUUGGUCAGUUCACUUGUUGAUGCUAUGGAUAAUGAGCAGAUCGAUAUCAUUAGCUGGUAGAGGACCUCUCACCCUCCACUGUGCAUGGUUCACCACGCUACUCAUGGCUGUGUUCAAGCUACACACUGUGAUAGCGUGGAGAAUGGACAGCUCCCCCUACCAGCGCUACCAUCUUCCCAUCGAUGAAGCUUACUUCACUCUACUGCAGCAGAUCACCACUUGUGUGUACUUUGCUCUACAGAUACUAUAUCUGCUCACUCUACCAUUCAAGAUAGCGCUCGUGACUGGCCACAAUGUUCAGUUAGACCCUACAAGGAAAUAUUUAACAACUCAAGUUGAUGAUGAUGAAUCCUCUAGACAACACCUCAUCUCAUCGCAAUUGCCACGGACUGACUAUGGUACCAUAGCAACCAGCCCACCUUCCCUUAAAGAUACCUCUGAAGAUGGUGCCAAUGUUCUCUCAUUGCUAACCUUCUGGUGGGUCCAGCCACUCAUGAAGAAAGGUUGGUUGGGAGGACUACAGACCCCCCAGGACUUGCCAUCCCUCCCGUCGUCACUCUCCACACACAAUGUAAAGGAACAAUUUAGAAACACUGUCCUCAACAGAGGAGCUUCUGACUCUAAAUGGACUCUUGUCAAGGACUUGAAUCGAUCGUUUGGACUCCAUUACUAUCCUCUGGGGCUGCUCAAGUUCCUGGCUGACCUCCUGGGCUUUGCUGGACCACUGCUACUGCACCAGCUGGUGGCAUUCAUCGAGAACAGACAAGAGCCCCUAUAUCAUGGUUACCUGUAUGCCCUGGGGCUCUUCCUCUCCACUCUGCUAGGAGCUUUCCUACUGACACACUUCAACUAUCAGGUGAACAAAGUUGGCGUGAAGGUGCGCUCUGCACUCAUCACUGAGAUCUAUCGUAAGGCACUCUCUGUGACCACUACCACGCUCUCUCACUUCUCCACCGGGCAGGUGGUGAACUCCAUGAGCACAGACACAGAUCGAAUUGUCAACUUCUGCAGCAGUUUCCAUCAAUUCUGGAGUCUUCCAUUUCAAGUUAUUAUCUCUCUGGGGCUCCUUUAUCAGCAGGUGGGUCUGGCAUUUCUGGCUGGUCUGGUGUUUUGUGUUCUCUUGAUUCCUGUCAACCGCUGGCUAGCAGUCAAGAUUGGCAAACUAAGCACUUCUAUGAUGGAACAGAAGGAUGCUAGAGUCAAGGUGAUGAGUGAAGUACUGACGGGUAUACGAGUGAUCAAGUUCUAUUGCUGGGAGAGGUACUUCCUGGAGAGAAUCCUUGGAAUAAGAUCCCUGGAGUUGAAGGCCCUCAAGGGUAGGAAGUAUCUCGAUGCUCUCUGUGUCUACUUCUGGGCCACUACUCCUGUGCUCAUAUCAAUACUUACCUUUGCUACCUACGUUGCCAUGGGAAACACACUCACUGCUGCAAAGGUGUUCACCAGUAUUGCCCUGUUCUCCAUUCUCAUAUCUCCUCUGAAUGCUUUCCCCUGGGUUAUCAAUGGACUAGUGGAGGCUUGGGUCUCAGUCAAGAGAGUACAAGUUUUCCUCAGACUAGAAGAACUGGGACAAUAUUACACUACUCUACAAGACAAGCAGGGUUUCCAUGGUGAUGAUCAGAGCAUCCCUGCUGUUACUAUCAACCACGGCUGUUUCACAUGGACCACACCCACUACUACUGAGACCACACCCACUACUACCGAGGGAGAACGGGUGACUCUGACUGACAUCAACCUCACCAUACACCCAGGAGAGCUGGUGGGAGUGGUGGGACGGGUAGGCUCCGGUAAGAGCUCCUUGCUCUCAGCCAUUACUGCUGAGAUGAAUAAGCUAGGAGGGGAAGUGGGUGUGGCUUGUGUGGGGUCAGGGUUCGGACUGGCUACCCAGGAGUGUUGGAUCCAACACGCCACCGUGCGGGACAAUAUACUAUUUGGACUUCCUUAUCAAGCUGACCGCUACAAUCGUGUGCUCCAUGCAUGUGCUCUGCAUCAGGACCUCCUGGUGCUGCCCGGGGGGGACCUCACUGAGGUGGGAGAGAAUGGAGUGACUCUCAGUGGAGGUCAGAAGGCACGCAUCUCACUGGCUAGGGCUGUCUAUCAGGAUAAGAGUGUGUACUUGUUGGAUGACCCACUGUCUGCAGUGGAUGCUCAUGUGGGAGCUCAUCUCUUCACUCAUUGCAUCAUGGGACUAUUGGCACGCAAGACUAGGAUACUCGCCACACACCAUAUAAGGUUUCUGAGCGAGGCUCACACUGUGGUUGCCAUGGAGAAUGGUCGGAUAGUAUCAUAUGGCCCACCCUCUGUUGUCCUGCCUAGUCUAGUAGCCAGGGAGAUCACAUCUCAGCCAGAGCCAGAAGAGGACAGUUGCAGUGAUGCAGAUACUGCAGAGCCGUCCCCCAGUGAUGUGCUGGUCAAGGAGGAGGAGAAGGAAGUGGGUGUGGUCAAGCUGUCUGUAUACCGUGCCUACUGGACGUCAGUGGGUCAUCCCCUGGCAAUCAUCAUCAUGACCUCAUUCCUACUCAUGCAAGCCUCGCGUAAUGUCAGUGACUGGUGGCUCUCUUAUUGGAUAGCACAUUCCUACAAUGAUUCUUAUGCUAGUGCUAAUAUCACAGCAAGUGUCUAUAUUCCACACCACUCGACUCUCAGUUCCAAUACAUCCAUUCCCAUUCUGUCCCUAGAGGGUGCCUCAGACAACCUGGCCUUCUAUCUAGGUAUCUAUGGUGGUCUAGCUGUUGCUAACACGGUGUUCACACUGCUGAGGGCGUUCCUCUAUGCAUAUGGUGGUGUGAGAGCCGCUACUGUCCUCCACAAGAGACUACUCAGAGCUAUACUCAGAGCACCCGUGGCUUUCUUUGAUGUCACACCAAUUGGUCGGAUCAUCAAUCGCUUCUCCUCUGAUUUGUAUGCCAUUGAUGACAGCCUCCCUUUCAUUCUCAAUAUUCUACUGGCGCAGUUCUUUGCCAUACUGGGCACUCUGGCAGUCACCUGUUAUGGUCUGCCAUGGUUUGCCCUCCUCCUCCUACCACUGGGGCUACUGUACUACCACAUACAGAAGUACUACCGCAGGACCUCAAGAGAGCUCAAGCGGUUGUCAACCGUGACACUGUCUCCAGUCUACGCCCACUUCUCAGAGAGUCUAUCUGGACUGACCACGAUACGAGCACUGAGAGCUAGUGGCCGGUUUGCAGAGGAGAACACAACACGACUGGACCUCAACCAGCGAGCCAACUACAGCAGUUUUGCAGUAGCUCAGUGGUUGGGUAUUCGGCUACAGAUGCUCGGUGUUGCCAUGGUGACAGGAGUGGCCCUGAUUGCAGUAUUGGAGCACCACUUUAACAGUGUUGACCCAGGACUGGUGGGUUUGGCUAUAUCCUAUGCUCUCUCGGUGACGAACCUUCUGUCAGGGGUCGUAACCUCUUUCACCGAGACUGAAAAGGAGAUGGUGAGUGUGGAAAGAGCAGAACAGUACAUAGGGGGCGUGGUCAAUGAGGGUCAAAGGUCAAGUGCAAGGACAGUUGCUCCUCCAGUUGGAUGGCCAACCAGAGGAGUAGUGGAGUUCAAGGGAGUCCACCUUGUGUACAGGGAGGGUCUACCCCCUGCAUUGAAGGACCUCUCAUUCAUCACUCGUCCCAUGGAGAAGCUUGGUGUGGUGGGGAGGACGGGGGCCGGCAAGUCCAGUCUCUUCCAAGCAUUGUUCCGCCUCACAGAGCUGACACGUGGGACUAUUCUCAUUGACUCAGUGGACACAGCCGUUCUCUCCUUGGAGAACCUCAGAGGUGUGCUGGCUGUGAUACCACAAGACCCCUUCCUGUUUAGUGGCACUGUGAGGGACAACCUUGACCCUGGCAGCCAUCACUCUGACACAGAGCUAUGGUCAGUGUUGGAGAGGUGUCACCUGAAAGACCCUGUGCUUCAACUAGGUGGCCUAGGAGCUGAGGUCCAGGAGCGAGGUCGUGUGUUCUCAGUGGGUGAGAGACAGCUGCUGUGUUUGGCCAGAGCUCUCCUCACCAGCGCUAGGGUCGUGUGUGUGGAUGAGGCCACGGCUAGUGUUGACAUGGACACUGACUCUCGUAUCCAGGAGACAAUUCGCAACGAGUUCACACAUAGCACUGUCAUCACAAUAGCUCACAGGAUUGAGACAGUGCUGGGCUGUGAUCGUAUACUAGUGAUGGAGGCUGGUGGGCUGAGGGAACUGGACACACCCACUCAACUACUAGACAACAAUCAAUCACUGUUCUACAAACUCUACAAGGAACACACUAGCUAGAGCAAGCGUUCAUUAUUUUAUCAGUAACUUUUAUGUCGUUUUCUUAUACAAACUUUUGAUUGAUUAAAUGAUUGAAAAACAAA